AUGCAAGAUUCAUAUGUUCGUUGUCAUCCCAAAGCUAUAUCUCCAAGUGCAUUGCCGCAGAUAUUCAAAAAUGCAUUGACUGUUCCCAUACUUCUUGACAUUAUCAAGUGUGUGGCAACCUUUUUUGUGAAAGUAAUGUUUAUGUCUAAUAUUGACAGGACCCGUCCCCGAAUUUCCCGGAACCCGAGACGAACCCUGCGGAGACCCCGGCAUCACACCCACGCCGGGUUCACUCCUUAA